AGUGGCAGAGCGGCGUAGCCUGAUGAGGUCACGUGACUGCAAUACCUCAAUUCAGGUCUGAGACGAGCUUGAUCACUGUAAAGACCUUUUGGUGCCUGCUGGGGGAGUGGACGAGAGGGGAGAUUAUCUCAUUAUCUUAAUGCUAUAUAAACAAUUGGCUGGCGCGUUCACUUUAUUAUAAGGACUUGCGGAAAGGAAAACAGGACAUUUGCUUUUUUAACGAACCUUAUCAAAUACACAGCUUUUUAAAACGUUGCUGUAAGAAAUAUUAGGAUGGUAAUUAGAGUUUUUAUCGCUUCGUCAACUAGCUCUGUUUUGAUCAAGAAAACCCAACAGGAUGUGGUGGGGUUCCUGGAGGCCAACAGGAUUGAGUUUGAAGAGGUUGAUAUAACCAUGCUGGAGGACCAGAGACUGUGGAUGUAUAAACACAUACCCAAAGAGAGGCUUCCAGCUAAGGGGAACCCGCUCCCACCACAGAUAUUCAAUGAUGAACACUACUGUGGGGAUUAUGAGGCUUUCUUUGAGUCUAAGGAGAACAACACAGUCGGUUCAUUUCUAGGACUAAAUCCCAGACCUUCGGUAAAGGUUUUCCACUCCUGGAACUCGAGCCACCACACAGGAAGCUCUUGGCAUUACUGCAUUACUUCACAUCCCAAUCCUGAUUAUUCACAGAGCCGCUGCUGCUUUGCCAACUGUCGCUGCAUUAUUUUUAUUUGCCGGAAGCUCCAGGAAGCCUAUGUUUUGAGAUUUUUUUUAAUAUAUAUAAUUUAUUUUUAUCUAGCAGUUGUGCAUCACUUUUGCCAAGAUCUUAAAUGCUACUACUUUAGAAUCAUGCCUUUUUUAUAACAUAUGGUUCAAUACAAAAAUGUGUAAAUUAAAGGUUAUUUAUGGUUGCAAAGGACAUCCUGAUUUACCAGAAAUCAAUUGUGUAACCUCACAUGAUGUAGGGCUUGCUGACAACCUUCAACUGAACAUGACCGACAGGCAGAGUUACUUUGUCUUCCAUGGACCAAGCAAAUUGAAAAUAUCUUCAUAUUUUUGUUUAAAUUAUGAAUGUAAACCAAAUGGGUAUGCAAAGGAGAAAUUGUACAAGGAAAUUAUCAACUGCAUUAAAACACACAGGGAGGGGGGGUAGUAGUGGUGAAGUACGUGUGUUGAAGACCAUAUACAAGAAAUGUCUGUCAUUAGGCCCAAUUGAAAAUUAUUUUGCUCAUUAGCUAUAAAUAAAGUUGAUGUUCAUGAAACUUUUUUUUUUUUUUUUUUUUUUUUUUUGCUGAUUGCCUGCCUUCAAAUCUGUUUCAUGAAUAUCAAUAUUUAUUUAAAAACAAACUUUAACUUAACAUGUUUAAGGCCCAGUUACAAAAUCACAAAUCUGCCACUUGGACAAUUUAUUGCGAGACCGUGAAGUGAACCAAAGUUUCUUACCAGUUUUGUAACAUAGACAAGAGCACUGGAACUAGAGGUGCUGGGGGUGCAGCUUUGCAUGGCUUCCAUCACAUAGAGGGGUUACAGUUUUGUUCGAUGGCUUUCAGCACCCCCACUUUAAAAAUUGUUCCAGUGCAACUGCAUACAGAAGAAAAAAAACACUCUACAAAUCAGUACACUGCUAUUUCAUAUUUUCAGUCAUUUCUCCAGCAAGAGAGAGUUUAACUGCUUAAUCUAAACAUUUGGAAUAUAAUUAAUGCAAUUGACUGACAUUCAUUGUGCUUCCAGCAGUAUUGUUUCAUUUUCCAUCCUUUUGUGGUGGUUGAGUGAAAGCCAUUAUGAAAUGCAGUUUAUUUAAGGGACACUGAACUUUCCCCACACUAUAUAAGAUAAGAGGACUCUGUCUGCUUUUUAUAUUUUCUACAUGGGUGUUCAUCACAAUUGCCAAGAGAAUUUAUCAGUCAUCUGUUCUUAAUUGUUCCAGCUGAGAAAUUAUUUUCUUUUCUGUCAAUUUCAGAGCCC